AUGGCCACCACCACCACCACCACCAACAAACCCUGGUCCAACCGCCCACAGAAACGCUACAGACUAGUCGACUGCACGCUCCUCGACCCCAAAGACGGCGGAACAUACACCCACGUCACCCUCGAUAUCAAAGACGGCCUGGUUCAUAGAAUGACCAAGCUGUCGCAAUGGCCUUCCCCGGGCGACGAGGCACUGAGCUGGACGUCGAAUGAACAGCUUACUAUCAUUAAUCUUGAUGGGAGGUUCGUUUGUCCGGGGUUGAUAGAUUGUCAUGUCCAUCUGGCGACGCCACCUGGAGAGGAUGGGUUGAGAGGGACGCUGGAUCAGGAUUCGCAGACGAGUUUGUUGCGGCAGCCGUGGUUGGCGGGCGAGAUGUUGAAGCGUGGGUUUACCAGUGCGAGGGAUUGUGGCGGGGCUGGUCUUGCGCUCAAGGAGGCUUUGGCUGAGGGGUUGUAUCCUGGUCCCAGGCUGUUUAUCUCAGGUCAUGGGAUCUCGCAGACAGGAGGUCAUGGCGAUUUGAGGUCGGCGAAGGAUGCAGAGUAUGCAUGCUGUGGUGGCAACACGCGCGGACUCGGGCGGAUAGCAGAUGGCGUCGAGCAGUGUCUGCAUGCUGCUAGGGAGGAGUUGAGAUGUGGAGCUGAUUUUAUCAAGAUCAUGGUGUCCGGUGGCGUGGUCUCCAGCACCGACAAGCUCACGGGCUUGCAGUAUACCCCUGAGGAGAUCAGAGCUUUCGUCAAGGUGGCGAGUGAUGCUGGGACAUAUGUCACCGCGCACGCUUACACACCUGCUGCUAUACGAAAUGCUGUCGAGAAUGGUGUGAUGGGUAUUGAGCACGGCAAUCUGAUCGAUGAGCCGACUGCGAAGCUGAUGGCGGAGAAGGGUGCGUUCCUCACGCCCACAUUGGUGACAUACCAAACCAUGGCAUCAAAGGGAUUUGGCUCGUUCUUACCACCAUCCAUCGCCAAGAAGAACCUGCAGGUACUCGCUGCCGGCUUGAACAGCAUCCAGAUCGCAGACAAUGCGGGAGUCACAAUGUGCUUUGGCACCGAUUUACUUGGCCCUUUGCAAGUCAAGCAGAAUGGCGAGUUCGUGCUACGGAAGCAGGCAGGUCUCAGUGCGUUGAAGAUCUUGCAGAGCGCGACUGUGAAUGCAGCUCGGAGAGUAGGCUUAGAGAACAAGCUUGGACGUGUCAAGGAGGGUUUCUUUGCCGACCUACUGAUCUUGAAUGCUAAUCCGCUGGAGGACAUUACUGUGCUCGAUCGGCCGGAGAAGCAUCUGCUGGCUGUUUUCAAAGAUGGCAGGGUGCUGGAGAGCCGAUGGUCCAAAGUGCCGACUGAUAUGCCGUCGUCUUCCAAGAUUGAGUAG